AUGCCCUCACCGCACCCCGUGAUCAUGUGCGGCAAGACUGAAGCCAUCGGCGCGGCGGUGAUUGAAGACUUGAAACCUGAACUCGAAGUCGUCCAAUUCGUCCAAUCCAUUGAAAUCGGAAAGCAGCAGAUCCCCGCCCUUCUCCGAGGGGAGAGCCCUGGGCCAUCGGGCUCGAUCCUGGGUACAAAGAACUUUGAAAAGAGUCCUGUCGCUGUCUUGCUCGGCGCGGCUUUCGAUGACCAAGGUGUCAAGGAGUUGCGUGAAGCUGCCGCGGGGACGAAAGAGGUGCCUUGGCUUAGGCCUGAUACGUCGAAACCCGCGCCGCCACUCGGGCCAGAGUAUGGAAAGGCCAUGGCAGCCAGAAUCAAGGAGACGAUCAAAACACUGGAGAGUGAGGGCAAGCUGGAAGGUAACGGAACAGUUGUAUGGUUCUAA